GAAGCUCUCGACAAUUUCCACAAGAAUUGAGCUCAACGAAAUCGGAAUUGCUCGAUGUGGGAUUAUGCCCUUUGCAAAUAUGAAGUAGAAAUCAAGCUGAAGCUGUUGUCAAAAGUCGUUGAAGGCUCGGGGAAGGAACAAGUGUUGAGACUCAUUCAUCAGCCAAAAACUAGCCGUUGGUGAAGUGGUAGUUAUAACUGAUUUUCUGUUUUGAAAUUAGUUGGUUAUCUCAAGUUGUUGUAGUCUUCUAUAUUUAGCUCGGUUUUCUCAGUUUGUAUAGCAGAGAGAAAAUCACACACACACAGCAGAUUGGGGGUUUAUGAGCUCUAGCUUGUGAUUAGCUUAGGGCAUUCAAUUUGUAAGUGUGAGCCAUCUUCUUGAGAGUGUUGAUUCAAUAAACUUCGAGUGACUUCUCCGUGGAUGUAGGCAAUCUUUGCCGAACCACGUAAUCGCUUAAGAGUGCUUUACUUUUCUUGUUUGAGAGCUUUCAAUCGGUAGUUUAAUCCUAACACUCAAUAAUGGCGAUGAACGGCGGAUUGAGAUCUUGUGCUUCCAAGCUUAUGAAUUCGGCAAUUAUGCCCAAAUCAGGGAACAGGGGCAUUCACUCAACUAGUGUAAAGAAGAUGGGAGGAGGCCAUGGCCAUGAUGAGCCUUUCUAUCUACAUGCAAAGCACAUGUACAACUUGGACAGGAUGAAUAAUCAGGCACUGAAAAUGAGCAUUGCUGUCUUCACUGCAUUUAGCAUUGGUGUUGUAGUCCCAGUUUAUGCAGUAGUCUAUCAGCAAAAGAAGACUUCCUCAGCGUAAUUUUUCUUGUUGAUAUCUGCAUUUGUGGCAAUAAUUGACAUUUGAGCCUUGUGUAGGAAAGAAGCACUGACUGAAAAGAAUUUAACAGUCGUUUGCAUUCACUGUCUUUAUGUCGUCUACCUGCUUUGAUUUGUUCCAACUACAAUGCUGCAAUGCAGAUUUCCCUUCUAUCAGCA